AUGGCGCGCGCUGCAGUAAUCCCACAAUCCCCUGCGAAACGGGUGGCACGAACCUCGACUAAGUCCACAGCCGCUGCCGAUGCAAAGAAGAAAGCCCCUCGAAGAGCAGCACCGGCACCACGGACUGCGACCCCGGCUCUCGAUGCUGAGUCUGAUGAUGAGCUUGGGUUUAUCACAAGCAAACCCACGAAACCCACCGCACGUCCUCCUGGUCGCCCAACCGUCAAACCAAAAGUGACUCCAACUGUGACUGCGCGAGGAAGGAAGGCUUCCGAGUCUCUUGCCGACAAGCCAAAACCCCAAAAUAACGCCGCCGAAAAUCAGCUAAGGCAACAAACUGAGGCACCAAAGAAGCGUGUCGGAAGACCGAGAAAAAGCCCCUUGCCCACAGAAGCUGCUGAAACCAAGCCCGAGGCUGCACCGAAAACCAGGGGACGACCAAGGUCGGCAACAGCAGCGAAGGCCCCUCCGGCCCAAACGGUAGCUACGAGCAGGCGGACACGUGCGGCAAUUGACACAGCGAAUGAUACCAAAUCGAACCAAAUUAAGAUAGCGACAAACUCGACAACUAUGCGCUCGAACCUUUUACGUGGACCUGCCAAAAAGAAGACAGUGAAAUUCCAGGAUGUCUCAGAUUCCGAAGCUGAGGAGCCCGAGGUUCCAGCUGCCGGCCGUCGACGAGUAGCGACCAAGGGCACGGACGAUGGCAAGGCUGGCCUCAGAGCGACCCCAGUCCGCAAGCCCGUGACAACCGGCACUCGCGGAAGGAAGCCAGCUGCAGCCAAGAAAGAAACGACCAAACCAUUAUCUCCCAAGAAGGCCAAGCAGGUGGCCAGAUCUCUAUCAGCAUAUGCAAGCUCCGACGGAGAAGAUGAUGAAUUGAACACCAUCAAGGACGACACCAAGGAUCCGGUCAGACUUGUUGUACAUUCGCCAGUCAAGCAUAGCUUGGAGACCACUGGACUGAGCUCUCCUGUACGAAGGAUCAACUUUACCCCCAAGAAGGCGUCCAGCUUCAUGGACGAGAAUGGCGAACCGAAACUACCAACCCCCAAACACGGAUCAGACGGCGUCGGACUUAGCUCCCCAGUCAGGAAAAUCAACUUUACGCCGAACCGAAGCCAGAACACAGUCGCAGAUAAUGGUCACCUCGCUCUUCCACCUGGCAAUUCAGUCAUUUUUAGUGAUUCUAUGAUCAUGUCUAGCCCCGCGAGACGACCAGCACCAUCAUCUCCCUUCCAAUUUUCCAUGAGAGAGACCCCGAAUCGUGGAGGCUCCCUCUUCGGUGGUAGUGUGAAUCCGAUUUCGGCGCCUGAUUUCACACCGGGACGCACUUCUCCAUUGAAGAUGUCACCCAAGAAGGGUUAUUUGGGUGCUUCUUUCUCGCAAUCACCAUCCAAGGAUUCUGCAUCAGCAGCACCUGCUCGAACACCCUUGUUCCAAAGCCCCGCAAAGAGAAUAGCUUCUCCAUUCAAAAACUCGAUCUUCUCUGCUCAUGCAUCUGUGGCCCCCUCUAACCCCAUCGACAAUGAUGGAACCCCUUCUAAGACAGUCGAAUUUUCACAGUCCACCACCCCAGGAUCCUCGCCAAGGGAUGGCCUGCCUGACCAGGCGGCAUUUGAAAAAGACACUGAAAUGGUCGAGGAUGUGGCUCGAGACAUUUUUGGCAUUGAGUUAUCUUCUGAUGGAAAGGCAUCAUCGGUUUCUCCUAUCCAGGAGGGUAUUGCCACCCCGGAAGUUGCCCGAGACCCAUUCAAUGAUGAAAACACCGACUCUCUAUCCGCGGAGGUGGAGGUGGAGGGAGAUUCAGACUUGGAAGAGGAUGAAAGUGAAUAUCCUCAAGAUCAACUCCAGUCCGAGUACGAAGAGCCUGAAACGAUCUGCUUCGAUGCUAUGGAAGAGGCCAACAUGGCAGCGGAGAACCUUUAUGAUGAGGAGCCCGAGGAAGACUCAGCCCCCGGAGCCAGCGAACAAGUUGAAGACCAGGUUCAAUUCGACCGCGAAGAAGCCGAUACGAUUUGCUUUGACGCCAUGGAAGAUGCCCAAUUGACAGCCCAUGAUCUACAUAACCAACAAGUUCAGGAAGCGUCAGACCUAGAAGAAAGUGAAUUUGAGUACGAGGAACUGGACACAGUUUGCUUCGACACUAUGGAAGACGCUCAAUUUGCAGCGGAUGAUCUUCAUGAUCAACAAGUCCAGGAAGUCCCAGAGCUAGAAGAGGAUGAAGAUCUCCAUGACGAGAGCGAGUUUGAAUACGAAGAAGCCGAUACGGUUUGCUUCGACGCUAUGGAAGAUGCCCAAUUGGCACCUCAUGAUCUACAUGACCAACAAGUUCAGGAAGCGUCAGGCCUAGAAGAAAGUGAAUUUGAGUACGAGGAACUGGACACAGUUUGCUUCGACACUAUGGAAGACGCUCAAUUCGGAGCGGAUGAUCUUCAUGAUCAACAAGUCCAGCAAGUCUCAGAGCUAGAAGAGGACGAAGAUCUCCAUGACGAGAGCGAGUUUGAAUACGAAGAAGCCGAUACGGUUUGCUUCGACACUAUGGAAGAUGCACAACGCGCAGAGAAUGACCUGUAUGACGAACAAGGUCAGGCGGCAGGCUCAGACAUGGAGGACACCGAUUCUCCCGAAGAUGAGCUGGCGGUACUGGAGCGGGAGAUCGAGGAAGAGUCCCAAGAUGUACAAGAGGCCACUCAACAAGCCGAGGAAGAGGGACAAGUUAUGAGCGAGCAGAGCGACAUGGAAGACACAGAGUCUAUCCUGGAGUUUGCAACAAUGUCGCCGAAGCCUGCUUCGCUAUAUGAGAACAACCAUGCCGAGGAUAUUGCAACCCCGGUCCAAAGGACGCAAUCCAUUGCUUUACCACAAUCAAGUCCCACGGGCGGUGAAUCUACUCCAUUGGCCUUGAAUUGCCCAGCCAACUCAGAGAAUGAUCUUGACUCCACCCUCGAUGCCAAGAAUGCCAAUAAUGUCAUCAUUGACGCGCCCCUGCAUGAAGAAAAUAGUUGGACGCCAAACACCCAGGUUGAUAGCCCUGCGUCAAUGGCACCCAGUCUCUUUAACACACCAAGCGUUAUUGACCAGUAUCAAUCCCCUGCUGAGGGUAGCUUAGGUUUGACGCCAUUGGCACAAAAGUUUGGCCGUUGGGAACAAAAUACCCCUUCCCAAGCUAGAUCACUCCGACCGCGUCGCCGUGGAGUUUUCUCGUUAGUAGGCCCCUUGGACCGUACCAACACGGAAACUCCGACAAAGCCUGAGAGUGUGUCAUAUCCCAAUUUGCCAAAGAGUCCUUUGGCAAAUACUCCCUCUUUGUUUGCUCAAUUGCCCCUUCAGCCUCAAAGUGCUUGCAUAAGCCCUGGGUAUGAACAGAAUCCACGGCCAUCUUCCAUCUAUGAAGAUCACCAAAUAAUUGAAUCGCCAAAGAAAAGCACGGAUAUCUUCGAGGAUCCUGACUCAGAAACUAUUGAACUAGAGCACAGUUCUACCGCCGAAGUCCCGCAAGACCAGGGCCAAGAGUCCCAUCUACUCGAUGACAAAGAGAACUGCGGUCCAAUUCUUCCAUCAACCCCAAUGAAGGCCCAAUUCCAACCUGACGAUUUACACACCAUUCACACGGUGUCAAAGGUGCCUUUGAAAGCCGAAGGCGACGUGUCACCUCUCAAGCUGUCCCGUAAGAGAGGUCUGUCCCUCUCGAGCACAUCUCCCACUCGAUCUUCUCCGCGUGUUCGCAAGCCAACCUUUAUGGCUCUCAAUGACACUGCACCGAUUCUGUCUCCGUCUCGGAAAUCUCCACGGGUGAGUAGAAGUCCAACACCAAAACGCCGUUCUAUCACGGGUAGACGCAGCAGUGUCAAAGCACCAAUGAUGGCUGCGCCCGGUACUCCCGUCGCAACCGCCAGUCCUGCCAAGAAGGCACGUCGUAGCAUCAGCACUGAGCAGAAGGCUCUGCAUGGGGCAGUUGUGCAUGUGGAUGUUCAUACCACCGAGGGUGAGGAUGCCUCUGGUAUAUUCGUGGAACUUUUGCAGCAAAUGGGCGCCCGAUGUGUGAAGUCCUGGUCUUGGAAUCCUCAUUCCAGUCUCUCGCCGGUUGAUGGUGCAGAGCCCAAGGACCUGAGAGUUGGCAUCACCCAUGUUGUGUACAAGGAUGGUGGCCUGCGGACUAUGGAGAAAGUCAAGAAGGCAGCAGGUCUUGUCAAGUGUGUUGGAGUCGGUUGGGUCCUUGAUUGUGAACGGGAAAACCAAUGGCUCGAUGAAACUCCGUAUGCGGUUGACAGCUCUAUCAUUCCCCGCGGAGGCGCCAAGCGCCGCAAGAGUAUGGAGCCUCGUGCACUGAGCAAUGUCAACGGAACGCUCGUUCGCAUUUCUGAAUCCCCCGCGCCAUCUGCUGGCGGACGUCGCAGUGGUGUCAAUGCAGGUGCCGUUGAGGGUUUCCGCAAGAUCACACCUCCGACCCACCAGCCGAUGCCGUCUACGCCCCCACAGCAAUCUUCUGCUGAUAGCUACCAAUUCCCUGCUACCCCAGGAUACAACUUUGCCAACCUUGAUGCCAUUGGCAUGUCGCCCGCUACACCCGGAUUCCUUGGAAAUCGCUCCAAGCUUGUCCAGCAAUCUUGCCCGCCAAAGCAGAGCAACCGAGGUCUCUUCCCGAGUGCUAAGCCUGCGAGCAUUAUGCUCGAGGAGGGACAAGACGAGGAAUCUAGGAGACAGCGCCGAUUCCGCAUGGAGGCUGCCAGGCGCAAGAGUCUUGUUUACAAGCCUGCUGUCGCUAGCCCUCUUGUUCCUUGA